AUGGCUGUCCUUGUGGCAGAAAUUUCUUUUCUUGCAGAUGGUGAAUUUGCCGUUGGUAUGGAAUUCAGUUCCAGGGAAGUUGUUAUUAAAGCGAUAAAAGAGUAUACUAUACGAAGAAGCGUAGAUUACCGGGUGUAUGAGUCUGAGCCGUUGACAUUUUAUGCGAAGUGUACACAGUAUGGGUCAGGGUGUGAUUGGCUUAUCCGGGAUAGCAUGAUCAGCCAGAAGUACUGUUUGGAUCAUUCAAAGCUGGAUUCGACCACGAUUGCAGAAGCAAUUAAGCCGUUGGUUGAGGCUGACCCCGCCUUAAAGGUAAAAUCAGUUAUAGCAGAGGCGCAAUCGAAGUUCAACUACACCGUUAGUUAUCGAAAAGCAUGGUUGGCUAAGCAAAAGGCAGUUGAAAAAAUAUUUGGAGGUUGGGAGGCAUCGUACGAAGCGUUGCCUAUAUGGUUUGAAGCCAUGUGUCACAAGGAGCCGUCAGCUGUUGUUCAUUUUGAGACUAUACCUGCAUACCAAGGCGAUGACUUGGUGACUGAUAUUCGGGUAUUGCAUCAUGUCUUUUGGAGUUAUUACCCCUGCAUUAGAGCUUUCAGACAUUGUAAGCCAGUUGUCCAGGUGGAUGGGACUCACUUGUACGGAAAGUACAAGGAUUGUCUACUAGUGGCGGUGUCACAGGAUGGGAGAGACUUCAGAUGCGUGGCACUUUUUCUGAGUAACCUUCGUCAGCAUGUUGUCACUCGGGAUGGUGUGGGACUGAUAUCCGACCGUCACGAAUCCAUAAAUGCAGCUGUGGAAAGGAGUAACGGGGCAUGGUCACCUCCGAGAGCCUUUCAUAUGUUUUGCAUCAGGCAUAUAGAGUCGAAUUUUAUGAGAAAAUUCAAAGCGCCGUACUUACAGAAACUGGUCGUCAACAUAGGAUAUUCGAGGACGGUGCGGGAGUACGAGGUGCGUUACCAACGUUUACGAGAAUGGGGGGAGGCCUACACUGACUGGUUAAACCGAAUCCCCCGGGAACAGUACGCGUUGACAUUUGAUGGUGGAUAUCGAUGGGGUCAUAUGACGACAAAUCUAGUGGAAUGCAUCAAUUCAGUCUUGAAGGGCGCACGCAAUCUCCCCGUGACUGCCCUUGUGAAGUUGCAUGCAAACCAACUUGCAUCAGGAAACAUUCAGGUUAGUUGCUUUGACCGGCAGAAUGAGGUCUUUGAGGUGCGUGAGAUGCCGAGUGGACUGGAGUUUGCAGUGGACCUACGUGGCCUUCGAUGUGACUGUGGUGAGUUUCAGGUGGCCCGGAUCCCCUGUCGACAUGUGUUUGCAUGUUGUGCCAACCAGCGACUGGAUUGGCAAGUGUAUGUUCAUGAUGUGUAUAAGAUGGACCAAGUUCGGCGGGUGUACCGAGCAAGGUUUAGGCCACUAGGUAACCCCACUACAUGGCCUGCUUACAACGGACCUCGGUUCAUCCCAAAUCCGUUCCUGAGACGCGUCGGGAAAGGUCGGCCAAAAAUGACGCGCUUCUUGAAUGAGAUGGACACGCGAAUGUUACAUCGGCCUAGGCGAUGUACGAUAUGUGGAGCUGAGGGACACAGCCGUGGCAGAUGCCGUCAGCAGGGUGGUGCAAAUGCCAACAGAGAUCAUUAG